UCCUCCUCUUGUCUAUCUCCCUGUUGGCUCCUCCAUCUUCUAAACCUAAAAAACAAACAGCCGACUGACUGACUGAGAGAUCUUCUUUCUUUCUUUCUACGAUUCAGCAGGGAGGGAGGGGGGAAGGUAAGGUUCAGUCAGCCAGCAAGCAAGCAAGCAGAUUUCCCUUUCACUACUUAAUUUACAGCCAUGAAUAUUUUCAAGCAUCUACUCUCAUCACAAUCAGCUGUCUGCACAUCUUAUAGAGCAUCGAUUUCGUUCUUUCAUUUCUCCUCGGAAGCUUCAAUACAAGUCCAUUCUCCAGAACAGGAAGUGGUAAUAGCUUUAGGUAGCAAUGAGAGUGAUAGGCUUAAUAACUUUAACGAAGCCUUAACUCAAAUGAAGAAAUCGGGCAUAGAAAUAACAAGACAUGCGUGUUUAUACGAAACCGAGCCGGCUUACGUGACCGAUCAGCCUCUUUUUCUCAAUUCAGCCAUCAGAGGCGUUACAAAGCUGGGCCCGCAUGAGCUACUAUCAACCCUCAAGAAAAUAGAAAAAGAAAUGGGCCGAAUCAAAGGUAUUAUUAGGUACGGCCCGCGACCCAUUGACUUAGAUAUACUGUUUUAUGGUAAAUACAGAAUUAACUCGGAGAUUCUCACGGUUCCACAUGAAAGAAUCUUCGAGAGGCCGUUUGUUAUGGCUCCGUUAGUUGACUUAUUGGGGUCGGAUAUUGACGAUGAUGAUACUGUUCUACGCUGGCAUUCUUUCUCGAAAAACACACUUUUUGAAUCUUGGGAAAAAUUAGGUGGAGAAGCUUUGAUAGGCAAAGACGGGUUAAGAAGAGUUUUACCGGUCAACAAUCAGUUAUGGGAUUGGUCAAAGAGAACUUCUGUCAUGGGAAUCUUGAACUUGACUCCCGAUAGUUUUAGUGACGGAGGAAAGUUUGACUCUGUGGGGUCCGCUAUAUCGCGUGUUAAGACCAUGAUAUCCCAAGGGGCUGACAUUAUCGAUCUCGGAGCUCAAUCCACACGUCCAAUGGCAACGAAGAUCUCUGUCGAAGAAGAACUCGAAAGGUUAAUCCCCGUUCUCGAAAAGAUUCUCGAAUUACCCGAAAUUGAAGGAAAACUGCUAUCGAUCGACACGUUUUACUCAGAAGUUGCUUUAGAAGCAAUUAAGAAAGGGGCUCAUAUAAUCAACGAUGUAUCGGGCGGAACGCUAGAUUCCGAUAUGUUUCGGGUAGUUGCUAAUCUCAGUGUUCCGUAUAUCGCUAUGCACAUGAGAGGGGACCCGUCCACUAUGCAAAACAGUGAGAAUUUGAAGUAUGACGAUGUUUGUAAAGAAGUUGCUGAUGAGUUGUAUGAGUGUGUAAGAACUGUAGAGUUAUGCGGCGUGCCCGCAUGGAGGAUGAUUCUUGACCCGGGGAUCGGGUUUUCAAAGAAAACCGAAGAUAAUUUGGAUAUUUUGAUGGGAUUGAAGAGGAUUAGGAGCGAGAUUGGGCGCAAGAGCUUAGGGGUGUCACGUGCACCUUUGUUAAUCGGUCCUUCAAGAAAGAGAUUUUUGGGGGAGAUUUGUGGUCGCGCUUCUGCUGUUGAGAGAGAUCCGGGGACUGUCGCGGCUGUUACAUGUGCAGUUUUGGGUGGUGCUAACGUUGUGCGUGUUCAUAAUGUUGGAGAUAAUGCGGACGCUGUAAAGCUUUGUGGUGCAAUGUUGGAUCGGGUAGGAAGAUCUUAACAGCUUUUUGAAAUUUGAUGUGGGUUUUGCAACAGGAGUGGAACAUUUUGUUGUAAGAAACAAGCGUAUCGAGGAGAAGAUCGUGAAGGUCAACAAAAGCGAAGCACAGCAGUCAACGCCAUUAGUACGUUCAUUUUAACUUUAAAAGUGUUGCAACGUGCUGAAAUUUGAUAAAUUACAAAAAAGAAGAACGUGUCUGGUGGAGCAACUGGUUCGAUUUCCGAUCUGCUUUUGAGACGAAUGUGAGUUUUGAUGUGUAAAUUUUCUUUGCCUUUUCAUUCCUCAUAAGACUAAAGGGUAUGGUUCGGCUCAUCCCCACGGGGAUGAGCCUCCACGUAGGCGCCACGUAGGCGGCUCGUGGGGGAUGAGCCUCCAUGAUAUUUGAGGGGGAUGGAGCAUGGGGCCCCACCUCAUUAUUUUAUAAUUUCCUAAGUUUUAAUUUAAUAAGUUAAUAAAAACUUUAUAAAAAUUAAAAAAUACAACAUAAAACAACAUAAAUAAUUUCAUUUCAUAACAUAAAAAAAAAUUACAUUUCCUAAAAAAAAAAAUUACCGAAAAAUAAAAAUAAAAAAUUACAUUUCAUAAAAAUAAAAAAAAAAACCUACGACGUCCAUUUUUUCAUCACUUCUUCCUUCAUCCUCCGAUAAACCACUCGUUCCUCCUCCGGAACCGAGUCGAGAUCCAACCUCAUAAUCCUAAAAUCCUCCGCUCGAGCUUGGUCGGCCGACACGGUUUUCUUGUGAGUGUAUUUUUCGGCCGCGAACUCUUUGAACGAACGGAAUUCGUUUAUCAACUCGUCCAUUCGUUUAUCAACUCGUCCAUACUCGGAGUGUAAGCGGGGGUCGAAAAAAAGUUAGGUUGGUUCGGGUUGUAAUUAUUCGGGUUGGGGUUGUUUGGGUUGGGGUUGUUUGGGUUGAAAGGAUGCAUGAUUUAGAGAAAAAGGUAUAAAAAAAUAUGGAGUGUUUUUUAUAAAAAAGGAAGAGAAUUGGAGAAGAAUGGGAGUAGAAUAGGAUAGAAUUGUAUAAAAAUGGAUGAGAAAGAGGGUAUUUAAAUUGAAAAAUGAAUUUUUUUUUUUUAAAGAAAAGUGCCGUUGCAAACGGCUAGAUUUUUGAAGUGGGGCCACGUCUCAUUCAGCUGUGGGGAGCCGUUUGGGCCGAGCCGACCCUCAGGGGGGCGGUGUGGGGGACCGGCGCCGGUCCUAGCCGGCCCCCAUACCCUUUAGUCUAAGGUCUGAACCUACAUUGAUCUGAAUGUCUGUUACAACAUUAAUACCAAAUUUUCAAUUUCCAAACAA